AUGACUUUCGCGGAACUGUGCGACGACUUCGAAUGCGUGAGCAGCCCCGCCGUUGAGCGAACGGCGAAACAGCUGGCGAGAGACAUUCACGACAUGCGCGAAGACAAGAGGACGCUGUCGUGCUUCGCCAUCGAUUCAAAAUACUCGGACUCAAUCCGGUCCUUCACGGGUCGCGACAAAUACCGCCGCCUUUCGUGGAUCCGCAGCGCGCUUCAGAACUCCUCAGUGCACAUGCUGGGAAUGUCGAUGGAGUCAACGAGCGUCCUCGUGAUCACGUGGCAGCUGCGCGGGUACCUCGUCAUUCCGGGUGGCUUACUGGACGCGCGCGUGACGUCAACGUUCACGCUGAACCAGAUCAGCGGCCAGGUCAUCAACCACCGCGACCAAUGGGACGUCGCCAGCUCAGCGCUGCCCAUCCAGCUGGCGUUCUGGGCGUCGCGGCUCGCGUGGUCCACAUCAGAGGCGAUUAAAGACGUAACGGAGAAGUCCGGGGAGGGGAGCAAGAGCGGAGGCGGGGACUCGAAUUAUAUUUAUCCGCACCCGUCCGGCGACCCUAGACGAGUAGCCUCACCGAACCCCCCUCGCCGCACCAUCCCCUCGCCCCACCAUCCCCUCCACCCCACCCCAUCAUCGCCCUCGUACCAUGCCGGUUCUGCUUUUGAGACCUCUCAACUCUCAAAACCACGGCGACCCCAACAAGGACCUGUACCAGGCAGCCUUCUUCAUCUGUGCCUUUCCCCUUAUCCACUCCUGUUACCCCCCCCUCCCCUUCGCCCUCCAUCGCAGUUCAUCCAGCAGGGCGACCCCAACAAGGACCUGUACCAGGCGGCCUUCUUCAUCGCUCUGCUCUACCUCGUGGUGCAGGCCGUGCAGCUCAUCAUCUGA